GGUGGGUGAGAAAGAAGGGUUGUAAGGGGAGAGUCCGGGGAAGCUGAAAGUCAUCUGGGGUUGGUUUCAAGACAGGACAAGCUGUCAGAGAGCGGGGCAGAAGGUGUGAAGAGGGGGAGGAGGAAAAUGUGGGAGAGGAAGAAAUCAGAACAAAAUAUGAAGCGGUGAGAGACAGACAAAAAGUCAAUCCAGAGCUGCCGGGAGCGGAGUGCUGGCGUGGAAGGAGUGCCUAAAGACUGAGGACAGUGAAUGCACCGCGGGAAGAGUGAAAAGCUGGAAGUAUGGGGUGUAUGCAUAGCAGCGGCAGGAUAAAGGAGGACAGGCCUGGUACAGAUACAGAAGGAAUCCCUGUGAAGGCAGAUGGCGAGGUGCAUCCUGAGAUCAUUCAGCUUGCUGAGCUCAGCAAACCAGCUGGUCACAUCUUCACGGUGAAGAGCUUUAAGAAAAGACGGGCAUGUGACGUCUGCGAGAAGAACAUUGAAGACCCAGGAGCGUUCUGCAAGGAGUGCAAGAUCGCUGUUCAUAAGAUGUGCGAAGCAAAGGUGUUCACCACCUGCACCCCAGUGCCAGAUCUGCACAGCUCCACAAAGUCAACAUCUCAAAAGAAGAGAAGCUCCUUGCCAAGAAGGAAAAGCGUAGAAGAAGUGAUGGAACAUGUGAUGGAAGGACACUAUGACUUCGACCUCACCUACAUCACAGAGCGGAUCAUCUCUGUCUUCUUUGUGCCAGACCUGGAGGAGCAACGCUAUCGUAGAAACCUGCAGGAGGUGGCCUCCAUGCUCAAAUCUAAGCACCAGGACAAGUUUCUGCUUCUGAAUUUAUCAGAAAAAAGACAUGACAUCACCAGGCUUAACUCAAAGGUGCAAGAUUAUGGCUGGCCUGAUCUCCACGCCCCUCCACUGGACAGGAUCUGUGCCAUUUGUAAAGCCAUGGAGAUGUGGCUGACUUCUGACCCUCACAACGUGGUCGUUCUCCACUGCAAAGGUCACAAAGGAAAGACGGGGGUCAUAGUGGCGGCCUACAUGCACUACAGCAAGAUUUCAGCUGGAGCAGACCAGGCUCUCACCACGUUAGCCAUGAGGAAGUUCUGUGAAGACAAAAUCUCCUCCUCCCUGCAUCCCUCUCAGAGCAGGUACAUCUAUUAUUUCAGCGGUUUGCUGUCGGGGACCAUCAAAAUGAACAGCAGUCCUUUGUUCCUUCAUCAGAUCCUUGUUCCUUCAUUACCAAAUUUCCAAUCAGGAGGAGGUUUUUAUCCUUUCCUGAAAAUCUACCAGUCCUUACAGCUCAUUUAUACCUCAGGAGUGUAUGAUCCUCAGAGCUCCAGGGCAAGAAAAUUGUGUGUAACUAUGGAGCCAGCUCUGUUAUUAAAGGGUGACAUUAUGGUGAAAUGCUACCACCGGCGGAGCAGAGCAGCAGAGAGGGAGGUUGUGUUCAGAGUCCAGUUCCACACCUGCACAGUUCAUGGAGCCCAGCUGUGGUUUGGAAAAACUGAACUAGACUUGGCCUGCUCAGAUGACAGAUUCCCUCCAGACGCUACAGUGGAGUUCAUCUUCGCCAACAGUCCAGAAAAACUCAAAGGUCGAGAAUACAGAAAAAAUGACUCUUCUGUCAAAGUAGACUACAAAACCUCAGACCCUGUUGUUAAAUGGGAUUCCUAUGAAAACUUCAAUCUACACCAUGAAGACAGCAUGGAAAAUAUCGCUCACACAAGAGGCCCACUAGAUGGCAGCUUGUAUGCCCAGGUGAGGAAGCGACGUGGACCAGGUGCAACAUCCUCAGCUGCUUCGCCCAAUGGAUGCCUUACCAGUAGCCCAACUGUAAAACCCCAGUUUGCCUCCAAACCGCAACCCUUCACCUUCAACUGUAGCCCAAGAAGCUCUGUGGUCUCUUCAGAUAAGCUGAGCGAAACAUCGAUGUCAAUUAGCUGCUCUGAAAAAGAAAAACCUGACUGCACCUUGAGGAGAGGAGAAAUGGGAGAACGGACGCAAGAGAAGAGGAGAGACAAAGAGAAAGACAGAGAGACUGCGAUUUUGGAUGACGGAGAUCCUUCAAGUCCAGGGGUUGUGAGACGAGAGCGUUCCUGUUGUGAUCGAGCAGUUCAGAAAUGUAGUGAUGCAGAAUGGGAGAGGGAAAGGGACCCCUGUCUUUCUGAUGGUCGGUCGCUUAGACAUUGCAGCAGCAUGAAAAAGCAUCCAAAAAGCCAAACGCUGCCAGCUUUGCCGUCCAAAUCUAUGUCUCCUCCUCCCCAUUCAGCUAUUAGGGAGCUCUGCCAUCGCCAUAGUGCAGAUCCUGUUGCUGAAUUAACAUGGGACCGUCCAAUUCAUCCUCCCUCGCUGCCCUGCAUCAACAGGCCAUGCUACCCUUAUCCAACCCCAGAACACACCCUUCCUCACAAUCAUACACUGCCAGCCUCAAACAGAUGCUAUCCUGGAGAAGAAUGUCACCUCUUGCUUUACCCCAGCCAUGGAUUAGGGUCUCAUCCUUCCUUUCCACCACAGCCUGGAAACCCUUACAGAGAGCUUUUCAUCAGUUCCCCUUCAUCUUCUUCUUUUUGCCAUUGUCAGGACUGCUCCAGGAGACGAGAACACCAAUCAAACUCAGUUAAAGUCUUCCAACAAAUGCAAUCAGACCAAGCUGAAAACCCACACUGGUCACAAGGAACUGGGGGUCAGCGGUCAAGAGAGAUACCCCCCCUUUGGGAAACAGAGAAGCCAUGGGAAAUGACGAGACAGGCAGAACUCUGGCAGUGUAAAUCACCACUACCAGCUUUUCAUCUCUUCCACUCUGCUGUGGAUCAGGUUUCAAACCCAGAGAAGCCUAGAUUUGCUUAUGCACAGCAUCAAAAUCACCCCAUUCCUCAGUCAUUGAUGGAUAUAAGGGAUGGAGUAAGCAGCGGGUACCACACCCCUCUGCAGCCCCGACACUCGUGCCCCUGCUCUCCCUUUCAGUCCUCUCCAUCUGAUAGCCGGGGAUAUGCCUCAGGCUAUCACUCUGGAUCAGCAUCACCUUUGCCAGCCAGUAGCCCAUCUCCUGGAGGGGGAGGCCUGCCUGAUAUCCCUUCAGGAUCCAGGGACCAGCCACACACAGAGCAACACAAAGUGGAAAAGGAUAAAACUGUUGCAGAAGAUGACAUAUGUCAAGGCUCAGAGAGUAAACUAGACGUCUGUCGUGAGUCAAACACCCCUGGAGCGGACUCUGAUCACGACUACACAGUUAUUGGCAGCAGCAGCCCAACUCACACAGAGGACAGUGCAAUUGCUGAUAGCCCUGUUCAGAGCCAAGAAACUGUGACUCAUUUGGACUCCAAUAAAAAUACAGGCCAAUCUGUUACACUAACUCCAUCAGAGAAACAAACCCAGAAUUUAACAAUAUCUGCAAACCCCUCAAAGCCACCAGGAGAAUCCCUUCUGAAAGGUGAAAGUGAACUUGGAGCAGCUGAGAUCAAAAUUUCGGAUCAAAAGACCAAAUCAACAGUUUCAAACUAUGCCACCGUCAUUAUCCCUCAGGUUCAAGUUCAGCUCAAUGGGACCACCCUUCCUAUCACUGUAGCAUCUGAAUGCAAUACAGGUGGGAACAUGAAUCCCUCUCGUAGUUCUUCCACCUCUUCCCCUCAUACUCCUACUGGCUCUCCGGAUAAACAGUCUUCUCCUCAACACUCCAUGUCUGAUAAAGACACAACUGGACAAAGACUUAUCCCAGAUCGUGACAUCUCAACAGACACAAAACCUCCUUCACCUGUGCCAGAUGGAUACCAUACACCCACCUUUCCCCUAGCCUCCUACUACUACUCCUUAUUAAACGUUCCUCAUGUGCCCUACACUGGCUACACUGCGGUAACGAUCCCCGCCAUCCAACCACCGCUGCCAGAGAAGAAACGAUUUUCCUCUGCAGUAGUAUCACCGAAUGGACAUACUGCUUUACUCCAGGCUCCCUCGUGUCCUUCACCAAUUCACCAUGUUACUUUCGCCCCUGUUGUCGGAGAGCAAAGAAUGGAAUCUGCACAACAGAGUCACACCGAAGAGACAGAAACAAGGGUGAAUUCUAGGUUUGUUCAGGACAGCUCCAAAUACUGGUACAAACCAGGCAUCUCCAGAGACCAAGCCAUUGCUGCGCUGAAGGACAAGGAGCCAGGGGCAUUUCUCAUCAGAGACAGUAACUCAUUCCACGGUGCUUAUGGCCUGGCUCUUAAGGUGGCCACUCCUCCUCCUAAUGCCAACAUUACUGGAAACAAAGGGGACCCUCUGGAACAGCUGGUAAGACACUUCCUCAUCGAGACAGGGCCACGGGGAGUGAAGAUCAAGGGCUGUCAGAACGAGUCCUACUUCGGAAGUUUAUCUGCUCUAGUUUACCAACAUUCAAUAACUCCUAUCUCUCUGCCGUGUGCCCUCCGUAUCCCAGACAAAGAUUUGGUUGGUGAGCUCCAGGAGAUGCAAAGUGCCACAAAUACAAGUACAGCUGCUGACCUCCUUAAACAAGGAGCAGCAUGCAACGUGCUCUACCUAAAUUCAGUGGAAACUGAGUCAUUGACGGGGCCAGAGGCUGUUUCCAAGGCUAUCAAGUGUACAAUGGCUCUCAAUACACGACCAGUACCAACGGUGGUCCACUUCAAAGUGUCCUCACAAGGGAUCACUCUAACUGACAAUAAAAGAAGGCUUUUUUUUAGACGGCAUUACCCAAUCAACAGUGUUACUUUCAGCAGUCUGGAUCCCCAUGAUCAGAGGUGGAUUAAUUCUGAUAGCACGUCAAGCAAGAUGUUUGGCUUCGUGGCGAGAAGAACGGGGACGACAACGGAGAACGUGUGUCACCUGUUUGCCGAGAUGGACCCUGAGCAGCCAGCUGUGGCAAUAGUCAACUUCAUCAAUAAAGUCAUGCUGGGACCACAGCUAAGAAGAUGAGGAGCAAAGUCAUUGGAAACCGUGCACAAUUUAGCAUCACAAGAUUUUUCUGACACAUUUUUAAAUACAUUUUGUUUAUUCAAGAUCUAUAUUUUUGUUUGCCUUUUAUGCAAAUAACACUUUUGUGCUAUGCUGUGUUACUGUUUGUAAAACCACAAUCCAGAUGUAGCUUUUUUUGCAGGAAAUGUUGUUUUGACAGGGAGUCACGUAGGAGUUGUUUGAAAAGCCAAAGAUUCUCCUAACAUUGCCAUAUGAGAUUGUUACAUGACUGUUGCUGUUUGUUUGGGUUUUUUCAUCGUUACCUAGAGUGUGUGUGCAGGAAUAUAUGUAUGAUUGUCUUGAGUUACAUUUUUACAAGGUUUCAGGUACUGAAUAUAAUUUAUAAAACUCAUGAGAGAAAACCCAUCGGCUUUAAAGCAGGAAGGAAAUGAAUAUGAACAAUGUGGAGAAAACGCAAGUGUCAUGUUUUAAAAGGUAAAGUGGCAUCAUUGCAUUUUUUUUCUGUGCGCAAUAUGAGGAAGAGAAGCGUAAGGGAUUCAAUGUAGGUUUUUGUGUAUUCUAAACAUUUUUAAAGAAGGCUCUGACUAAAUUCACAUCUGUAGGUGCAUAAGUAUUGAAAAUUACACUCUCAGUGGUUUAAAAACAAAGCUGGUGGAAAUCCAUGCGCACACUUUUGUAAUCUGUGCACGGUUUGAUAAAGUGCAUUUUGCGAUUACAUCUGUUGAGAGUUUGGACGUGUGGCCCUCACCCUAUAAAUUUAGUUGAUCUGUUUUUAUACACAAACCUAAAGCGCUGUUAUGUUCUAAUAAGCACAAUUCACAGCUUCUAAUAUGUUAGAAUAUGACAGAUGUCACUGUGAAUCUCAAUUUUGCAAGUUGGAGUGCACCGUUUUGCAAACUGCACAUAGACUGCACUACCUGAGAGCAAAGUUUACAAGAUAACAGAUUAGAAAAGCCUUAGCAUUGAUUCCCUGCAAUUUUGUCACCCACUGACAAUUGUGGGACUCUCAUACAAAGAUAAGUUUUUUUUUUUUUUUUUUUUUUUACUAAAUGCAAAUAGUACAUAUUUAAACAUGGAUUUUUCACAUACAAAGAAAAUAUGCAGUUUGAUAUAUAUUUGUCAGUUAUUUAACCUUGACAGCCAUAAAAUCUAACAUGCAUUUCAUUCUAACCUAAACAUAAUCUGAUAUGAGCUAUUUAUUAUUAAUUUAUGGUUGUAUGGAAUAUCAGAACUGCACUUCUAAUAAAUAAGUACAUUCUAUUUAAGGAAACAGAUAUGUAACGAAUUUACAUAUGAAUUGGCGACAUUUAGAAAGGCACUUUUAUAGAACCAAAAACAUUAAUACUUAAGACAACUCUUUUUUUGUAGAAUGAAAAUAAAUAAGGCAAAAAUCGAGAGUGCAGAACUGGAAAAUUUGAUUUUUUUGGAUUAUGUCUUCAUAUAUUUGUAAACAAAAAAUCAAAUAAGGAAAUUGAGGAAUAAAUCACUUUCAAAAGAAAUGAAACUUUAAGCCAAAGUUUUUGCAAUUUUUGUUGCAAUUAUUUUCUACAUUUAUUUGUUUGGACCUUUAUAUGACUGGCAGUUUUAUCCUUUUUAAU